AGAAGCAGACGAAGGCGAUUUGAAUUUGACGAAAACUGAACUUGAAAAUGUGACAGAUACUUCUCAAAGCCCAACUUUGAGUGAAAACAUGACAGUUGCUUCUGACAAUGAAGCUCAGAAGAUUGAAGACUAUGAUGAUCUUAUAUCAGUCAUUAACCUUAGCAUCUUUCGAAAAGCCGCUCAAACGUCAGAUUAUCUGAGACCAGUAAUUUUGCAAUAUGGAGAAAUACAAUUGCCUGAUAACGGAACGAAUGUAGCGCUAGAAAAACAUACCUCGAAUGAACGCGUCAUAUUGCUGCCAUCUUUAGAAAGUUUUGAAAACUAUUCAGAAUUUUUGCGAGACGUGACUUACUGCACCAGAAAAUCAUGUGAAACCAUUCCGACAAAUGGAAUCAAAUUGAUUGCUGGUAUUGGAGUUUUCCUGAAAACAAAGCUCGAUUUGAUCACCGUACAUAAUUUUUCCAUUCAACUGAAACCUUCGAAAGCCAGUUUUGAGCCGGUAGAUUGGGUCUACAAAUGGCCAGUCGAAAAUGUGACCGAAUUUCACAUGGAUAAAUCAUCAGUUUCACCUAAAACACUCUACCUCCAAGAAGGGUCGAAUGUGAUUAUUAAAUGCGGACUUAAAACUAAUUCAAACAUUAGCUGGAAAAUUAACGAAAAUGGAAACUUCACAAAACCACUGACUGAAAAUGGCAGUCUGAUUAUCGAAAAUUCAACUUUUCUCGAUACCGGAAAAUAUCUGUGCUACCAGAACAACACAGAAAAAGAGUACAAAAUUUUUAUGUUUUUCCAGAAUGAAACGCCAAAAUUUGUUCAGAACCCAGCUGAAUUAAUGCCCGUUUUUCACGUCGAAAAUUUUGGACAAUCAUUCCAUAUACCUUGCAUUGUUAAUAAAAAUGUUUCGGUUCUGCUGGAAAUCUGUAUUCAAAAUGAAGUCGAAACGAACUGCUACGAAGAUUUAUCGGCAAAACACGACUUGACUCGCGGUUUUGAUCUUCACCUUGACGCAAUUCAAACUAAUGAUAUCAUUGCAACUUGUCGAGUCAGCGAUAAUGUUUCAAAUGCACAAAGUUUUAAAUUCACCACUGGAAAAAGCGAAGUCAUUUCCAUCAAAGUAAAAUCAGAUGAAUCGCAACUAUUGGAAUUAAAUUGCGAAAAUGAAUGGACAAAUGACCAUCUUUCGAAUAUCGAAUGGGAAUUUAACGCUAAGACAAUCGAUAACGUCAAAUUAGAUGGUACAGUUCUGAAAAUCUUUGAAGCUACUUCAAGCAAUACCGGAGAAUAUACAUGCAGCCAGGACCAAAAAUUGAUCAAGACAUUUCGAGUUUACGUUAAGCCGGAUGAUGGCAGAAUUUUUACAGAGAAAGGGCCGAUUGCGGUUUAUAAAUUAAGCAAUCUUACAAACAUUUGCAAAGUCGCAAAACCAAAAAUAAAACCAGAACUUGAAAUUUGCGAUUUCGGCGAACUUGAAUGCAUCAAGAAUAGUUCUGGCAGAAAAUUCCAUCCUCUAACGGGAUACCAAAUAAAUAAUUUGUCCGAUUUCCUCAAUCAAAGCAAGGAAAAGCAGCUGUUUGUGAAAUGUCAGCUGAAUAAUGAGUCUUUAGUUUACUAUCCAAGGGUCGAAAGUUCGAAUCUGACGCAUGUCACUGGCGAAAAUGUUACUGUUUUCUGUGGUUGUUUUGAAGAUUCUAGAAACGUAUCCUGGAUUAUGAAAGAGAACAAAAAUACUGAAAUACUAAAUUUUUGGGGGUGCAGCUCUCUGAAAAUAACAAAUGCAACUUUUAGAAACACUGGAAUUUAUUCAUGCAUUAAUGAGAAAGACCAAAAAGAUUUCAUGAUAUAUGUUUACGAUUCAAAACAUCCGUUUAUUAUUGAAAGCCCGAUAUUUACGAUACCUUCAAACGACGGCUCCAAUAGAACCGUUACAAUACCUGUACAAGUCACAGAUCCUAAAAUUAUACCACAGCUGAUUGGCUACAAGAAUCAACCAAUCGCGGCGCAGUUCGUGUCACGUUUGAUUGGCUACGAUAAUGAGCCAAUCACAGCGCAAGGACUGAGAGUAAAAAUCAAAGACAUUGACGGACCUCAGAUUUUUGUGACAGCUGAAAACUUUACUGUCGCCUUAGAAUUAUUUACCAGCUCAGAAACCGAUAUAGUCAUUCCGAAAAAUCACAGUAGCAAAAUUUUCUGCGGAUAUCAUGGGAAAAUUUCUUGGAACCAUCGAUUACUUAAAACAACUAAAAUUAACAGCAACUCGAGUCGCAAAAUUGAAACUUCGAAAUUCUUGGAAAUCAGAAACCCUCAAUAUAUGGAUACCGGUCGUUACUCGUGUUUGAUAAACGGCACCAUAUUUCGAAGCUUCAAUGUUUUUGUUCCCGACAAUGAUCAUGUUUUUGUUGCAGAUACUGUAAACAUUAUUAUCAUCAGCGAAACAACCAGAUCAAAUAUGUCGUCUGAAAUUAUUCUACCUUGUAGAACUUCAAUUGCUGCACGGAACUUUUCUUUACAGCAAUGUGACGACUCUUGUCAAAACGUCGAAAAUUUUACUUUCAACGACGAAAAUGAUGUGAUAAUACGGCAUAAUAAUAGCAUAUCGAAAUAUGUUUGCAAAGACGAAUCAUCGGGCCAAUUUAUCAGUAACUUCAUAACUACAGAGCCUUCAGAAAGAAUCAUAGUAUCAAAAAACGAAACAAUAGCGUUUCACUGCGGAUGUAAUUUAGCCGAAAACACUUCAAGUAUAAAAUGGAAAUUCCAAUCUACUCAAGUAUACAAUAAUUCCAAAACUGCGAUUCUUGACAAGAACAACUGUAGUUCCCUAAAAAUAGUCAACUCCUCAGUCGAAAACGUAGGGCGCUACCAGUGUAUAGUCGCAAACCAAACGGCUAAAAGUUACUAUCUGUUCGUAAACGAUUCGACAAAAAUCUUCGUGGAUUCUACUUUAAAAACCAUCUUGGUACCAAAAGAAAAUCUUAGCCAUGAGCUAACAAUUCCUUGCCAAACAGUUUUACCAAAUUACGAAAUCAGUUUGCAAACUUGUGAAAAGAAUAUAAAAAACUGCCGCAAUGUCUUAAUACCUCCAAAAUUUGACCCUAAAAUUGGCGCCCGAAUUUCAAUUACCGAAUUUACUAGAGCAGUCAAAUGUCUAGGGUCAAAUAAUUUGAUUAACGAAACUUCAACUUUCAUAAUUCACACUUUACCAGACAAUUUUCACGUAAGUGUAGCUAUAAGAUCCAAUAAAAUUACCUCGAAACGACUCGUGGACGAAAAUUUGGUGCUUUUAUGCGAAAUCCGAGUUCGAAAGCCGACAAAAGCGAUACCAUAUAAGGUAAGUUGGCAUCAUGAAACGAAAGAAAUAAAACCGAUUGAUGUUGAAACAACCGCCUAUCAUAGGGGGCAUUCUGCCGUGUUGAUUUCAAAUGCGACAUUCAGCAUGCUUAAAUUUUCAGAUAGUGGCGAUUAUUUAUGCAGUGUAGAAUUUUUCAAUUCCUCGAACUCAGAUUUAAGUUACAACUCUGUUAAUAAAUUUGAAAUCGAUAUGAGCAAUUCAAGUAUUUUGGACGUCAAACUUCGCAAAGUAAUAGUGCAUGAUAAAGAUUUGUCGCUUGCACGAGAAAUUGACCCCUCAGAAAUGCCGAGAUAUGAAAUAAUUUUGCACAAAGUCAGCGAUAAAGCAGCCAACGUCACGCUUAUUUAUGACGUCAAAUCACUUCCAGGAAUUAAAGAAUCACAGAUACAACCUUUUAAAGAGAUGUAUAAAAUACCUUCAAAUUGCAUCAACGUGACAAAUAUUGACGAUUUUAACUUUUCCGUGGAAAUAACUGCCCAAAUUCCUGCAAGACUUGCAAAAUUCAACGGGAAAGUGAACACAACCUUUACAAAUGGAUUAAUGACUGUCAAAGACUCGUUCGCUAUUAGGACUUCAAUAGAACCGAACUGUGAACCGAAAGAACCUGCGAACUUGUUAAUUUUAGGGGAAGCUCCUUGUCAGCAUAAAUUGUACCCCAAAAACGAACUGUAUACAUUUCAGUGUACGUUCAAUUCGCUUAAUCUUAUCGACGUAACUUUCAAACACGGCAACAAAGUUUUCGACAACGAAAGCAAUUCGGUUAACUGUGCCCGUUAUAACAAAGAAGUUUAUAACAAAAUCACUUGUAACUUAACAUUGCUGAUUAAUACUCAAGAAAACGUGUCAUGUUUUGGCGCCAGUGCUUCCAGUGAAAAUCGAAAAUUUUUGAAUCAUACUUUCGAAAUUAAAUUAGCAGAGGAGAGAAAGGGGUUGGACCUUUACAUGUCGAAGCUUGGUCAAGGUCAAAGAAAGCAUAAUUUGACCAUUUACGACUUCGAGGGCCUUGAAAUUCGGUGCAACGCGCCUCGAAAUGCAUUCAAACCCGACAUUCACAUUCAGUACAUAACAGAUGGGGGAGAAAAUAUCAAUGUCUAUACUGGUGAUGAAAUAGGAGUACAAUGGAUGAUGAAAACCGAACAAUACUCGUACAUUGCCGUUCUCACGAUCGAAAAACUCGGCAGGAACUAUCAGAACCGAACAUUCACAUGUAAAGGUCAAUAUGCGUCCGACAUGUCGUGUCCUCUCGACGAGUCUCGAAAGGUCACUCUUCAUGUCAAAGAGUCAAUUCCAGUUCAAGUCCUGAAUCCUGAAGAAGAGUAUAACCAAACGAGUUGUUAUGUAAUACCUCGGGAAAGCGACACUGAGUUCGAGUCAAACUGUGAAAACAUCACAGUAUGUUCUGCUUUUGGUAGCCCAGAACCCGAAGUUAUCUGGUACAAAGGUGACAUGAGUUCAACUGAACGGGCGGAAGUUUCGAAACCGGAAAGAGAAAAAAAAGACAAUAGUAUCUUGAUUUCGACCGCUUUGGAUAAUUACAAGUACGGGCAGAAGCCUUCAUCUCAAUAUACGUGCCGAGCUAGUAACAAAAUAGGAGAUGCAAUAAUGAAAGAUAGCUUUACGAUUUUUGUUGACGUUUUUGAAAAGCCUCAAAUAAAGUUCCCCGCAUCUUUUUUCAACAACCCGAAGGACAAAGACGAUAUUUAUUUCGAAAUUAUUGCCGGGAACCCGGAACCGGAGACAAAAUUCAUCAAAAUUCUCAAUGAUACUCACGCGGUUUCAGGAGCGAAGUGGAAAAAACCAAAGGAAAGAGACGGGAAAUUCUAUCUUUUUGAACACAACGCUGAUUUUAACUUUAAAGGGCUAGGGCAAUACAGAGUUGUAGCGACCAACGAGGCUGGAAGCGAAAAGACGACAAUAAGUUUACAAAACGAAGACGAUGACAAUUACAGCAAAUAUACUGUCGCUAUUAUUUCAUGCCUUGGCGCUGUUACACUAAUUGCAGUUCUGGCAGCUGCCAUAGCGCUUGUAAAACGGCUAAAAGAACUUUCAAUACGAGGCCAAACUCAGUUCGAGAAAAACAUGAUUUCACUGAAGAAAAUGUCGAUAGCGCCUGAACAAAAUAUGACCUUAGAAGUCCCUGAAGUACAAGAUAUAAGAAAUUGGGGUUUGAUUUUAGACGAAAGACAGCUAGAAAUCCACAAUCGAAUCGGCCAAGGCGCAUUCGGCACGGUUUACAGGGGCUACAUGACAACCCUAAUGGGAACAAAUUACUCAAGAACUGAAGUCGCUAUUAAGCAACUGAAAAACGGAAUCGAAGACACUAGAUCUCUUUGCAUUGAGAUGGCACUUUUACUUCACGUUCGAGACCAUCCAAACGUCCUGAAGCUUCUAGGAAUCACAACGUCCAAGACCUUGAAACUGGUUCUCGAAUAUGCCCCGUAUGGCAACUUGCGGACAUUUUUGAAAGCUAAUCGAAGCAAUUUUCCGAAUUAUAUUUUGCCCCCAAGUGUGGAUACAUAUAGAGGCAGUUACAGACCGCUUGACACUGGAGGGCAAAACGAGCACCGAGUGAGAGCUAUGAGCAUGUUAUCUACCACCGUCGGAUCACCUGGGAACUCUACGUCAACCACCAACGACAAAUCACACCUACAAUGCAGGGAGCUGGCUAUGGACAAUUUAUUGGGCUACGCCUUACAAAUGGCUCAAGGCAUGAUAUAUCUACACUCAAAGCAUAUGAUUCAUCGGGACAUAGCAGCUCGGAACAUUCUCGUGUUUUCGGACAAAUUAGUCAAAAUCGGAGAUUUCGGUCUCGCUCGCAACCUCUACCACAACACAGUUUACCACAUGACGAGCAACAAAAUUCCUUUCCGCUGGAUGGCUUUGGAGACCAUCCGGGAUUCGAAUUACAGCUACCAGUCAGAUGUUUGGUCUUAUGGGAUCCUGCUUUGGGAGAUUUUCAGUCUUGGCACAGAUCCGUAUCCUGGCUUUGCAGAUGACCGAGAUCUGUUCGACAGACUGACAGAAGGAUACAGGAUGGACUGUCCUAAUUUACUGAAUGACACUCACAGGGAUGUUUACAACCUGAUGUUGUGUUGUUGGGAAAACACUCCAGAUGAUAGAGUAUCAUUCCGAGAAAUCAAAGAAUUUUUCAUUUCCAAAGUUCCCGAAUGUUUGCUGGCCCAAAUUCAAGUGGAGGACAACGUAGCAGAAGAGCAGUUGAGCAGCGACGGUUCUGAGCGGGGGGAGUCGCCUUCGUCGAAUAUAGAAACAAAUUACAACGUCAUGACUUCAUCAAAUGGCAGCAGUAACGCAACUACCGUACAAUUGCCAAACACAUCAGGAAGUUGUGUUAAUAAUGAUGAAGAUAUGAAUGCAGUUGAACGAGCCGCUUCUGCUUUAUACACAGCUAUGCGAGGAGGAUCCCUAACUCCUCCUGGCGGCAACGAAAGCCAACGUCAGGCUGGAAUCCGAUCUCAGAGCAUCGACGCUCCGGCUGCAGUGCGACCUUCGGUACUGCCCUUGGGAGGCACCGUCGGUUCUCGUCGUGUAAGAAUAGUUGAUAACAGAAAUGCUCAUGGUAACAGUCGUGUGAACAACACAGGAGCAACCAGUCUUUCAAUUACAAAUCAACCAGACGCAAGAUUAUGUGAAACAGAACACAGUGAAAUCUGACACGACGCGAGGUCAAAAAUGAUUUUCAGACUGAUCAAUUAAUGAAUUUGAAUUACCAAAAUAAAUAUAUUUUGUAUUUACCAGUUUAAUUUCGUACUGUAUCCAGUUUAACUGAUUGAUAGAUUUGCAGU